AUGCAGAAGUGUGUGGGUAUCAAGAACUAUGCGGGAUCCGUGGUUGCCGUUGAUGCCAUGUGCUGGAUCCAUCGAGGAAUGAUUUCGUCCGCGGUUGCCAAUGUGACGGGAGAGCCGUGUGAUAAAUACCUCAAGUUUAUAAUAUCGAUUCUGUCUGUUCUUCUGUCUCACAACAUCACUCCUAUCAUGGUCUUCGACGGCUAUGAGAUGCCUUCCAAGGAACGUGAGAACCAGAGCCGUCGCAUACGCAGGGACAAGGCCCGCGAAGAGGCUCUUGCAAUGAUAAAGAAGAACCGUGGGACCAUAAAUACUGAGAUUAUGAGGAGGUGCAUGCAAGCCAUUUCCAUAACUCCAGAGAUAAUCGCCAGGGUCAUGGCCAUCUGCCGUGAGAUGAACGUGCGUGUUGUAGUAGCGCCGUACGAGGCUGAUGCUCAAGUUGCAUACCUCUGUCGGGCAGGCAUAGCCCACUGCGCUAUUUCUGAGGACUCGGAUCUGCUGGCGUAUGGCUGCCCUCGCGUGUGGUACAAACUUGAGCGUGACGGCAAGGCCGAUGAGGUGAACCUGGGGUUCAGCAGUGACCCUGAUGUCAAGUGUACCAAGGGUAUGCUAAAGGGCCUAAGUCAUCGCAUGUUCAUCGCCAUGUGCGUUCUCAGCGGAUCUGAUUACGACGAUGGCUGCCACAUCAACGGCAUGGGCAUAAAGCUGGCCCACCGUUUCAUCUUGCAAUACGGCAACAUUCCUGCCGUUUUGGCUGAGCUCGAGGAAAAUGCUUCUUGGGCCAAGAAGUUGCCUGCUCACGUGACCCGACAGCAGUUGGAGGCGCACUACUUGAACGUGUCACAAAUUUUUCUGCACAACGUGGUGUACGACAUCCGCUGCGACAAAUUGACCCACGUCACUCCGAUUUCGCAGGGCGAAUCCAAUAUGGACAUAAUCGUCGACAUCACCCACCGCUUGCGUGAUAAGGAGGCAAACUUCCGGGCCGUCUCCGCGGGCCACGUUAAUCCGCGCAACGGCGAGCCACUGCAGUACACUGUGACUGACAAGGACCGUGAAUUGCUCGAUGGGAUGCGUUUUGCUGACCUUGAGUUUUUGUCCUCCAUCCCAUCCCCAGAUGCAUCAGAUGCCACUACCGACGCGUUGCUGCAAGAGUUUGAUUCCGCAUCUCCUAAGGUACACCGCGUUGUGACAGUUACGGAGGCGCCCCAGGAAGCCGCGGCGGGUGCAGCUGCAGUUACCGUGACCACGAUGAUGGUGCCCACUGGUAGUGGCGAUUUAGUCGAGCGGCUUACUGGCAGGUUGCAUACCAACGAAUCGAAUGCCUCCGUCUCCACUUGCGACGAGUUUGAUGAGGUUACUAGCUCGCAGAAGUGUAAGCUACGUGCUUUGAUCGACUCAUCGGAGCGGGUGGUGACUGUUCGUCCCAAGCGUAGGAUGUCCGCGCGGUUAAACAAGUGA